AUGAUUGUACGGAAAUUAUGUAUGCGUCAGAGCCGCCAACUGCUGGCCCUGAACCGCCGGGCUCCAGCCUACUCUCGAUUUCUCUCGACAGAGACACCAGUCGAGACAGCAGUGCAAACACCCGCGAAGGAGUCACCAGCUCCCGCGGAGAACCCCCUUCACCAAGUCGUUCAAGCAUCAAGGGAAAGCCGAAAACUCAAACCCCGACAGCAAUGGAAUGAACUGGAGAAGCGGAGACACAAAUUCAACACCCUCGGUUCAGCCGUGCAAGAAUCCUACGAUCCCGAAGAUAUCCUCCGUAAUCCUCCCAAGCCCUCCGACAUCACCCUCGAGAUGCUCCUCGCCGCCGGCACACACAUGGGCCACUCGACCUCGCGAUGGAACCCACAGAACUCGCGGUACAUCUUCGGUAUCCGCGAGGGUGUCCACAUCAUCUCCCUAGACGUGACAGCAGCGUACCUGCGUCGCGCUGCGAAAGUCGUCGAAGAAGUCGCCGCUCGCGGCGGUAUCAUCCUGUUCGCCGGUACCCGCAAGGGCCAGAAGCGCGCCGUUGUGCACGCUGCUGAGCUGGCCAAGGGUUACCACAUCUUCGAGCGGUGGAUUCCGGGUUCGAUGACGAACGGACAGCAGAUUUUGGGACACUGCGAGACCAAGGUCGUCAAUGCUUUGGAUGAGGAGUUGCCGGAGUUCAAGGUUGAUCUUGCGGAUCGUCCGUCUGUGAAGCCCGAUUUGGUGAUUGUGCUGAAUCCGCUGGAGAAUGUGGUUUUGCUGCACGAGUGUGGACUGAAUAAUGUGCCCACCAUUGGUAUCAUUGAUACUGAUGCUGAUCCCACCCGCGUCACGUACCCGAUUCCUGCGAACGAUGAUACCCUGAGGGGAACUUCUUUGAUUGCUGGUAUUCUGGGUCGGGCUGGUGAGGCUGGUCAGAAGAGGCGCUUGGAGAUGGCUGCCGAAGGGAAGACGGAUUAUGAGCCUAUUACGGCGCGCCAGUUGCGUCUGGAUCCGCUCACGGGUCUGCCACCGCCUGGCUCGGAGCUGGAGAAGGGACAGCAGGCUUGA